UUCAAAUCCGGAAUUUAGACAAGCUCUAAGGGACACAACUGUGGCGAAUCGUUACAAAGUCCAAAAGCCGGUCCGAAAAUGUUGUCUAGACAUCUUUUCCGUUUGAACAGCUUGAAAAAGUUGUCAAAAAUAGUAUCUACAUCAUCUGUCAGGAACUACUCUGAUAGACCAGAAGUUCAACAAAGCUCAAAACUGACGGACAUUGGAACAAGAAAGAUAUUCUCAGAGGAACAUGAUAUAUUUAGACAGAGUGUGAGACGGUUUUUCGAGGAAGAAGUAUUGCCUUAUCAUUCUGAGUGGGAAAAGAAUGGACAAGUGAGCAGAGAGGUAUGGGAGAAAGCUGGUGAGAAUGGAUUGCUUGGAGUGAACACACCCGCUGAAAUUGGUGGUAUAGGAGGAGAUGUUCUGUCUACAGCUGUUACAUGGGAAGAACAGAUGUACGCAAACUGUUCAGGUCCAGGGUUCGCUUUACACUCGGAUAUAGUAAUGCCAUACAUUAGUCACUAUGGAACAAAGGAACAAAUAGAGAAGUUUAUACCAGCCAUGACAGCGGGAAAAUGUAUAGGUGCCAUAGCCAUGACAGAACCAGGGGCUGGAAGUGAUCUGCAAGGUAUACGUACAAAUGCUAAGCAGGAUGGAGAUGACUGGAUUCUAAAUGGUAGUAAAGUAUUUAUAACCAAUGGAUACAUGUCAGAUCUAGUACUGGUUGUGGCAAUAACAAACCCCCAGGCAAAGUCGGUGGCUCACGGGAUCAGUCUGUUUCUGGUGGAAGAGGGAAUGAAAGGCUUUAUCAAAGGCAGAAAACUUCAUAAAAUUGGAAUGAAGGCUCAGGAUACAGCAGAGUUAUUUUUUGAGGAUGUACGACUACCAUCAAGUGCUCUACUAGGCGAGGCAGGCAAGGGUUUCUAUUACCUAAUGCAGGAACUACCUCAGGAGAGGCUUAUUAUAGCAGUGAUGGCACAGGCAUCAAUGGAAUGGAUGUUUGAGGAAACUAGAGCUUAUGUCAAACAGAGAAAAGCUUUUGGAAAGACAAUAUCUAAGCUGCCAACAAUCCAGCACAAACUAGCUGAGCUGAAGACCUCUAUAGCUGUGACACGUGCAUUUGUGGACAGAUGUCUCCAGGUACACCAUGAGAAAGGUCUAGACUCGGAAUCAGCUUCAAUGGCUAAAUACUGGUGUUCAGAUUUACAGAACCGUGUUGCCACAGAGUGUUUACAGAUGCAUGGAGGCUGGGGAUACAUGUGGGAAUAUCCCAUUGCACGUGCCUUCGUUGAUGCCCGAGUCCAGCCUAUAUAUGGAGGUAGCAAUGAAAUCAUGAAAGAAUUGAUUGCUAGAAAUGUUGUUUCGGACAAAUAGUUAAUACACAAGGCAUGUGAUAAAACCAGUCAAAAAAACAUUUUCAGGGAAAACUAACUCUUGCUUUAAAAUAUUGAUGAUAAUUGACCCUUAAAUUGAAGGAAAUUAACUUGAUUUCAACUGCACGAUUACAUUUCCUUUUCAAAGUUUUUUAUGAAGUCUAGACGUAGAGACAUAAUGUGUGCUAGUGUUCCAAACAUUGUUUUAACUAUUUAUAUGUUGUGUCUCUACAUACACUCUUUUUAUAUUCAAAUAGUUUCUGAUCUAGUGUUCUUUUUCUUCUCUGGAGUUCAGUCAUUAUUGUUUGCGUUAAAAUUGAUUACUUGAAUAAAUUUAAGCAGAUUUUUCUAUGCUCUUAAAAAAGUAACAUGACUGCUAAGUAUAGACAGAGAAGCAGGGAUUUUGAUUUACAAUUGAAAUGUUGUCAUAUUUAUUUUACUUAUCUUCGCUAAAGGAUAAAUUGCAUUAACCGGUAUAUUAUGUGAAGUUCUAAACUUUAUGUUGUCCAUGUGAUUCAGAUUUUUCGUUGCAAUUCUUUUUAAAGUUCAUAUAUUAAAUUAUUUAUUUUUUCUACUUUUUCAGCAUACUUCUUGCAAUGUAAUCUAUGAGAAACAUGUACUUCAGUUUUUAGCUCGACUAUUCAUAGAAUAGUGAGCUAUUGCACUCGCCCAUGCGUCGGCGUCGGCGUCCGCGUCCGCGUCCCGAUUUUGGUUAAGGUUUUGUAUGUAAGCUGGUAUCUCAGUAACCACUUGUGGGAAUGGAUUGAAACUUCACACACUUAUUCACUGUGACAAACUGACUUACACUGCACAGGUUCCAUAACUCUAUUUUGCUUUUUUACAAAAUUAUGCCCCUUUUUCGACUUAGAAAUUUUUGGUUAAGGUUUUGUAUGUAAGCUGGUAACUCAGUAACCACUUGUGGGAAUGGAUUGAAACUUCACACACUUAUUCACUGUGAUGAACUGAUCUACAUUGCACAGGUUCCAUAACUCUAUUUUGCUUUUUUACAAAAUUAUGCCCCUUUUUCGACUUAGAAAUUUUUGGUUAAGGUUUUGUAUGUAAGCUUGUAUCUCAGUACUUAUUAAUGGGAAUGGAUUGAAACUUCACAUACUUGUUCACUAUCAUGAUCUGACAUGCACUAAGCAAGUCCCAUAACUCUACUCUCUUUUUUUUCAAAAUUAUGCCCCUUUUUCGACUUAGCAGUUUUUGGUUAAAUGUUUGUAUGUAAUCUGAUAUCUCAGUAUCCACUAAUUGGAAUGGAUUGAAACUUCACACACUUGUUCACUGUCAUGAUCUAACAUGCACUGUGAAGGUCCCAUAAUUCUACUUGGCAUUUUUACAAAAUUAUGCCCCUUUGACUUAGCAGUUUUUUGUUAAGUUUUUGUAUGUAAGCUGGUAUCUCAGUAUCCACAAAUUGGAAAGGAUUGAAACUUCACACACUUGUUCACUGUCAUGAUAUGACAUGCAGUACAGAGGUUCAAUACCUCUACUUUGCAUUUUACAAAAUUAUGCCCCUUUUUCAACUUUUGUAUUCAUUCAAUUGACAAGGCUGUUGAAUAGUCGAGCGUUGCUGUCCUCCGACAGCUCUUGUUAAACUUUUUAAAUUAUUUAAUGUUUAUAAUUCUGUUAUAGUAAAUUAUUUACAUUUGAUGUAGCUUCCCAUGAUAAAAUCAUUAUAACUGUGAUAAGAUAUGUUCAUCUCUUUGCAAUGUACUUGUAAGUGGGAUAUUUAAUUUGUAGGAUAAUGUAGCGAGAUUACGUUUUGCUGAAAAUGAGUCGAGUAGUAUCUUCUUAAUCCAAAAAUUUUCAUUUGGGACCAACCGUUAUCCAUUAUUAAUCAGAAAUCCUCUCCUGCAAUUGAUAAUUUGUUGACUUAAACAUGUUUUCUUUUGGAAAGUAUGUCCCUUGUUAAAUGACACAAGUGCUAUAAUAAUAUUGAAUCUUUAUGUUGAAAAUAUAUUUCUUUUUUGAAA